GUAAAAGUGACGCUCCGUUGUUGUCAUGGCGGCCUUUCAAACUGUUUUCAAACCGGGAGUACAUUUUAAAACAGAUAUACACCAGAUUUAGUUGAUAUAAUCGUACAUUACAAACUUUUUUCAGCAUAAGAAAGCUUUCAACUUCUAUCCUAACCGAAAAAAGUAGCUAUACGCGGAGUAAAAAUGGUCGAAUGGAUUAUUUGGGGAUCAACGUAACGUUCAAAGAUAAGCGAAAUUAGCUUUUUAGUGCUAAACACUCCUAACUUUUAGAUUACUUCUUUUCUAUAGUGGUUUAGUAUGUCCCGGACGGGUUUGUAGCUCUUUUAUGACCGCACAGUGUUUGCAAAGUGGCUCAACAGUUGCCUCAGGACCUCAAAAUCGAGGUAAAGACUGGUUUGUUUUAGGUCCAAGACGAGACCACCAGAACCUCAGGGGCUUUGCAAGCUUCAUUGGGAUGUCUAAAACAAAGGUGAGUUUACAACCAUAAUAUCAUCCAUAUAGUACUAUCCUGUGUGGUGUCUUGUUAUGAAAAGAGACAGAUUUCUGAACUUUUUCCUGGAAAAAAAAUGACUCUAUUUGGACACAAAUUUCUCUUGACCCUUCUGUCACCAUCACCUGCUCUCCAGUUUAAGCCAGUGUCACUCCUCUCCUCUCACUCAACUUUUAAAAGAGGUUUUUGGGACCAUUGGUGCCAAUAUUCAGGCAAUUCUUAAUAGUAGCCUUGUGCCUGGUGUUGUCCCCUCUCAUUUUAAACAUGCUGUGGUGCACCCCCUCUUACAGAAACAAACUUGGACAAAUUUUAAACCGAUCUCUAAACUCCCCUUCCUCUCUAAGAUCCUGGAGAAAGUUGUUUUUAGUCAACUACAAUCAUUUUUAGACAGAAACAGCAUCCUCGAGGUGUUCCAGUCUGGUUUUAAAGCACAGCACAGCACUGAAACAGCACUUUUAAAGGUUUUAAUGAUACUUUAUUGCUCACUCAUUCUGUGGACUCAGCUGCUCUUGUGCUUUUUUGAUCUUUCUGCAGCUUUUGACACUGUGGAUCACAACAUUUUAAUUUCUCGUCUUGAGCAUUUAUCCACUGUUUGAAUUGUUUUUUGAUUGUUUUUUACGUCUGCGUUGUUUUCUCUAUUUAUGUACAGCACUUUGUUCAGCUGUGGUUGUUUUAAAGUGCUUUACAAAUAAAGUUGAGUUGAGCAUUAGGUGGGGAUUAAAGGUAUUGUCCUGGAGUGGUUUAGGUCAUACAUGGCUGACAGGAGCUUCUCUGUCAACCUUGGUGAUUCCACCUCCUCCUCAGUUCCUUUUCCAUGUGGAGUGCCCCAAGGCUCCAUACUUGGCCCAAUCCUUUUCUUCUUAUAUAUGCUCCCCCUGGGAUCUAUAUUUAAAAAAUUGGAUUCAAUUGAAAAGAGUCUUAAUGUAUAUAUUUCGCCCUAAUUUGAUCGUUGAGAGCCAUAAAACGGGUUUAAGAGUCAAAUUAUUUCCCAUUUCAGACAGACAUACAAAUAAAAUGACUGUUAAACUGAUUUAGGGAAUGCUCUUACAGAUUUUGUAGAUUUAUCAAAGUGUAAUUAACAGAAAUUUAGCUAAAUUUAUUUAAAGCUAAUGAUAAAUACCUGCUGAGAGGAUAAAAUGCAAAGUAAGACUUGAUAUUGCAUCGGCUGUAUCACACAAUGACCAACUAAUAUUUUAAAACUGCAGCUGUUGUUCAAUGAGGCCAUCCCAGCAAAUACCAUCAACCGUGCCACCCAUGUGCACCCACCUGCCCCCAUAGUGAUUGAAAGGCUGCUCCCUCUGUCAGAGGAGCAUGAGAGGGCAAACAGCACCAGAAGCUCCAUCAGCUUCACCGCCGUCUCCGAAGAGAGACUGCAGGCUGCGGUUCAGCUCGCCAAGCGGGAUCUGAGACGUAGGCGCCUUAAGUCACUGACAAAAUCCCCCCCUAAACCUUCUCAGGAGGCCUCUCUACUUGAGACAAGUGAUGUAGAGCUACUUCAGGUAAUUGCACUUGAUUAAUCAUCAUCAUUAAUCAUCAAGGUUUCAUAAAAACAGUCCUGGUUUUAGCAUUUACCUGACUCACUUAUCAACGGGUGUUUUUCUCCCUCUGUAGGAGCUUGAAGCCACUCCAAGUAAGACCCAGCUAAAAGCCUCCAGUCCAAAAGAGAAGGCGUCAAGACCUGGAGCCAAACUGUCUGUGCACACUUACCACAAAUACCCCCUUUCUCCUAUACCCCACCCUGGACAUUCACCCCCGACCAGAGACCCUGGCCCAGGGCAGCCGGAAAAAGGCAAAGAUGUUCCUUUAAGUCAUGAGAUUCACAGACUGCAGAAUGAGCUGGAAGUGUAUAUUCAGAAAGUGGAGGAGCUAGCCAACAGAGGUAACCAAAAAUAUAAAAGGGGAAAAAAGUUGCCAGUUAUACUAAACUGGAGUUGUAUUUUUUAUCAUGUGUUUAAAGGUGCAAUUUGAUGAUAAAUCAGCACAAUAUAUGUUUUGUUACAUGAAGGAUAAGGAGUAAUGAUGACAUAAAGUGAUCUGUACCGCAGGAGAGACAGUAGAGGAGCAGCUGGAGCCUGAGGAGCAAUUAAAGUUGGAGAUCCGGAGACAGAAGCAGGCAGCCCGCUCAGCACGAAUGGUUUAUGUACUGCAACAGCAGGUCUCUAAAUCUUUAUGCAGUGUCAUUAAAAAUAAACCUUCAAUGAUUUUUUAAUAUGCUUUAAAUUUAUAAAUAUUAUUCUGCAACAUUUUCUUUAAUAGGUAAAAGAGAUUCAGGAUGACAUUGUAAAACUAAGAAGCCAGAAAAUGUGGAACACCAAAAAGGUACAUGUCUCUUCAGCAUUGUCAUAAAUUUACUGUUAUUUAGAGCGGGGACCAUUCUUGUAUUUGUUGAAAGUGGGUAGAAAGGCCUCCUGUCACUCAUAUACAGUAACUUGGAUACAUGUCACUGAUGUGUACCGAGAAUCUCUUAACUGUUUAAUUGACAACUAUUAAACUGAAAACAGUAAAGCUGUUUAUUAUAGCAAUAAUAUUCAACCCAAACUGUGACUGUUUUUUCUUUACCACAUUUGUCUUUAAACAUAUUUCAUUUUGAUGAAACAGGAUUUGGUGAAAAUGUACCAGCAUCUCUCUUUUUUUCUCAGUCCACAGCAAUAAACAGGCUUGCAGCUGCCCAUCGUGGGACACUCAGGGCUUUGCAGGUUGUGAUCCACCAGCUCUCAGAUUUAUCUCAUGGAAAGGUUCCCUCUCACUAUAGAGAGCUGGGCCAACUGAUUCGCCAGCUCUCUUUGUGCUCAGCCAAAGUUGAGGUAGAGCAGGGCUCAGCUGUGCCUGAGACAGCCCUUGACAUCCUGCAGAAACUGGAGGUAACUAAACUGUAAUUGGACUACAACAUGUUUCCUUAUGGCUGUGUUUUGUAAGGUAAAGGCCUACAUCAUGCAUCAUGUGAUGAUUUUGUUACUUUCUAAAGAUGCUCUUUUUUUGUGCUAAAGUUUUGUGAAUGAUCCAACGUUUCAAUGCCUCGCCUCUCAAUUCCUCCAAGAUUUUGGAUUCUGCCCUCAGUAAACAAGAGAUGCUUGAAAAGAAGCAAGCCCAGGCAGGUCCUCCACACAGGAGGGCUCCUCAUGGCAGCAUGUCACCUACGAGGGGACCCAAGGGUCCAAGUACCUCAUCUGUUCGAGGGCCUCACAAAGUCAAGAAUCCUAAGAAAGGUCCCCAUGGUGAGUGAGUCAUUUGGUUUGGUAAAUCAGUGUGUUUACAAAAGAUUCUUAGUAAUCAAUGUGAAAUGGAAACAGUAAGGACUUAAGGGUCUUUUUGGGAUAAUAUCAAACUCUUUUUGUCUAAAGUCAAAGCGGUGCAUCCUUUGGGCUUCCAAAUCCCCUCAAAGCCACUUAGAGUAAAUUGAAUGUUUGCCUUUUGAUAAAGGACAGCUGGUUUACUCUCUUGUGUAACCAGAAGUUACCUGAGGGCUUUAGUGUGGAUGUGUUUAGACCUCCUGCUGUGCUUAAAUGAUUAUGCCAAGUUGAAAAUUGAUAGAGGGCCAUGAAGACAAGGAGAGGCGAUAGAAAAACCUGAACUGAAACGCCCUCAACCCCUGCUGCUUUGUCUUAUGAGCAGUUAAUGCCUGCUGGCUCCUAUUGCUCUGUAGAGCAUCCUGUGGUAGAGACACCAACACCUACAUUAGGCUUAAGCUGUAGCCACAUCUCCCUGGAGAGAGCCCUCCUUUGUGGGAUUACAAGGGUCCCUGUGCCACUUACAAAGAAGCCAGCGGGGAUCCAGCUGGUUGUUAAGAUUGCAGUUUAAUAGUCUAAUAGGUUGUGAGCAGAUUCCAAACUAAUUUACUUUGAGUUAGAAGAGCUCAGUUUGUUAUUAUAACAAUGAUGAAAAUGAAAUUCAGAACAAUGCAAAGGUUUGAUGGUUUCAAAUUUGUGUCAGCAGGAAGGAGAACAGCCUUACAGAAGCCAAAAACUGCAUCUCAUCAGCCCGUAAACAGGAGAGAGGUGCUCAGAGCUGGUCUGGAGAGACUUGCCCAACAGAGGGAGCUGAGAGAACAGCAGGGGCGCCCUCAGACAAAAACAACCUGCAGGAGAGGAGGAGCUCCACACUCUGACAGAAGCAAGGCUGAUGUCAUAAUCAAGGUAGGGAAUACGAAAUUGAAACUGUCCACCAAAAGUGCUUCAUAUCCCUUUAAAGCAGAGCAAUUUUUAAAAUAGAUUUGUAUUUAAAGAUGUGUCACAAGUCAGAGAAUUAUAAAACUAGGUUUAUGUAAACAACCCAAAAUGUAUUUAAUGUUUUUUGUGUAAUCAGCAUCAUCAGAUCCGAGAAGCAGGUUUCCAGCAGCCCACAGUCUCCUCUCAGCUGCGAGUGAACCAGCUCCCUCAAAAGGAGCAUUCUGUGCCCUGGAUCCCCACAUCCCCUCACUCUCCUCCUCCACAGCGGUGAGCCUUUAAUGUCUCUCUUCGGCUCAUGACACAUUAGCUUGUUAGAAAGCACAUCCUAUUUUUGUAGUUGUGAUGAAUGAGACGCUAAUCUCAAGGUAACAGUGUGCAUUCGGUAUGAAUCGGCAUAUUCAUACAGAAUGGUCGAGGUGCUUUUGAAUGGAGGUACUUGAACCACAGUAAGAUUUUAAAAUACACUCAUUAAUCAGAGCAGUCUUUGCUAGGAGAAACAUGUCCUAUAAGUUGUUUAUUCUUCCAGCACAGAGGUUGGUGCUUGCAGCAUUCAUCAGAAAAUAGUGCAAUCACUUGCUGAAAUUAUAGCCUUUAUGUACUUUAUGAUUAUAGACCUUGAUAAAUUGGGUUUCUCCACAAUAUAGGUAUUACAGCAUGGGGCCCAGUAAAGCAGGAAAACAAACACAUGACAAGUUAACAGCUUAAGCGAAGGCAGAGGAAGAAUCAUGUGUGUCAUAAAAAGGGAGAUGGAGAACUAUCAAAGAAAAUCACACUGUGCAAUCCUGUGAAAAAAUAGCCUCUUCUUUUUCUCUGUGUAUCCUCUACUCACCCCUCAAACACAUUUUCUGCCUUGCCUCUUGAUAGAAUCUGUUUGUCUUUAUUCAGCUUUUGCUCAUGUUUCAUAUUCUUCCUUCCUCUGUUAUCUCGGCAGAUCCCCUCAAAGAAGAAGACCAGAGCCUCGGUGUCUCUUCUCCCCCUUGAAGCUUCCUGAGAGUCCUCCGAAGCAGAAAGUGUCCACUGGUUUGAGCUCAGAAACAACGAAACAAGCUCAAAAUGAGGCAGUUAGGUGAGGCUCGAGUCUACAGCGUCAAGCAGGGUUUCAGUACGACUAUGAUACUGUUCUGUUAUAUUUUAGGAUUUUGUUACUAGUGUUUUCCAAAUCUCAUACUUUAGAUUUUUUUGUCCUGCUGAGCACAAAUUGGACGAAAUCUAAGUGAUGUUGCAGAGCCCUGUUUUCAGAGGGGCAUUUCUAAUCUCUGAGUCAGACCCCACUUGCUGAGGGCCCCAGGCUACACUUUGAUUCUAAUUCAAAGUUAAUUCUUUCCAAUAAGUUAAUCCAGGCCUUUCCUCUCAGUGAGUGAUUAAUAGCUUUGCCUGUUUUCAGUGCUUAUAAGCGCUGCAUUGAUUAAGUGCUCCUCCAUACUGCAUAUGUCUCUGUUUAAUCAAAUAUUAAUUACUACAAUUGUGCUUUGCAAUUAAUCAGUGGAUAGCAGCCAGAUUUUAGACAUGAGGAUGGUGCAUUAUUUAUGUGAAAUGCUUAAUUAAGUUUUGCAUUUUGCCCCCCAUCUGAUGAUGAUGAUGACUGUCUUUGUGAAAGGAAAGCGUGGUUGGACAAGAUGACGAUGCGGAGACUGAGAGAGCUGAACCAGCUGAGCAAAGAGGAGGCUGAGCGCAUCCAGACAUUAAGGUGCAAUAGAAACGCAAUUAAUGGAAUGACAUAAUGCUGUGAGAGAUCAAAGGUUCAAGGUUAUAAUGUUGCCACUUUCUUGUCAGAGAUUUAUCCAGCUGCAAAAGCACCCUUUUAUAAGAAACAUUACAUUUUACAUCAUGAAAGCAACAUAUGUGUACAUGUUUUUAAUGUACAACCCCAAUUCCAAAAUAGCUGUGACGCUUUCAAGUUUGGGUAAAAACAGAUAUUUGAUUUGUUAUCUUUGUUUUUGCACUAUUUUUAAUCAACUACAGGGAUUGAAAUGACUUGCAAAACAUCCAAUUUUGGUUUAUUUUAAUUUAACAUAGCAUCACAACUUUUUUAAAUUGGGGUUGCUCUCACAAAUUGAGACACAUUUCCCACCAGAGGCGCCUGUUGUGCAAAAGUACGAGUCCAGCUGCCAACUGUAGGCAGUAAUCCACUCAGCACUCUCGCAGACAGCUCAAAGCACCAGGCUUCACAAUUAAAUAAACAGUUACAUGGUGAACUACAGCGUAGUCAUAAUUACCUCCAGACAAUAGAAGAGAAAAUAAUGCAGGUUGUUAUUGCAGAAACCUCCCCCCAGCACCAGAGAGGGCAUAUGUUCCUUUAUAACCACUCAAAUUGUGUAAGUCCUGAUUGGACAGUUUAAACGCUGCAAAGCCAUAAACGUAAAAAAUCCAUAAAACUGUAAUUACACUGCAAAGAUAUGCAGGUUUGUCCUUCAUGCUUGUGUUUCCCCCGCAUAUAAAGACACAACCCUUACAGAACCUUUUCUGCAGUGUGUGUGAAUAGAGAGGGCAGGAUGUGUUUGCAGACACAGAGCACAGAGCAGAUUUAUUAACAGUGUUGUUUAUGUUAUUUGAGCAUGAAUGAGACUGGGGCUUUUAUGGGUUAAAAAACAACAUUAUUAGAUCUUAUGGUGGUUUGAUAAUGUCAUCAGGAAAAAAGUAUUACGGCUCUAUCUCGAGGCUCAUCCACUACCAGCGUUUUUCUGUGACAGCUUGCAGUGUGGGCGUGUUUUGCUUAACAGGUCAGAAGUUGUGUCACCAACUCGGUGGGCUGAGCGAGCUGAACAAGAGGCCAGAGAGAGGAUUCAGCCACUUCUGGAUGAAGCACAGGUACAAGGACUCAUCUGCUGUGUGUGAGAUGAGUCAGAUCCGCCUCAUUUUCUUUCCACUUAUACGAAGCGAAGAGAAAACGUGUUUUUGCCUUCUAUUUUUCCACACUAGAGUAAAUAACGUCUCUGAGUGUCGACUUUUUUAUGGGCUGAGAGAGAGUAAAUAGUUUGUAUUUGUCUGUAGAAGAUCAGUGAAUCCAAAAGCAGGAUCAGCCCCACUCUGAGGAAUAGACUGUCUGAUCAGGCGGCAGAGAGGGUAAGCUUGAUAAAUUUUGAAUUUGGUGGCCAUUAUUAUACAAUAACUCAACUAAAUGGCACACAUUUUUCAUGUUUCCCCUCCACAGGCAGCAGAGAGUGCGGAGCAGCUGAGCGAGGCCCUGCUGGAGGAUCUGUUGGAGGAUACUGCACGGGCGGCGUGGGCCGUUGAGACGGACAGACAGUUGGAGGGUGAGGCUCAGAGUAGGCUGCAGGCCCCCACCCUGGAGAGUAUGCUGCUCCGGAUGGAGGAGAUGCAGGUGAGAUGAUGAUGAUCAGCCUGUUUGACGUGCUUAACUUUUGGCAGGUGGGAAAAUCUCUGCAUAAACUGUUUUUCUGUUCAUGUGUGUGUUUGUGGAUGAGUAGAAAGAUGAGGAGGAAGUGAGGAGACGAUUUGCAUCAAUCACCUACUCAGACCCUCUUUACUGGGAAAGACCAAGAGCAGCAGGUAAAAAAAAAAACGCUCCUGUUCAUCCUCUGGAGCUUCAUUAUAGAUAGUAUUUCCCUGCUGUGUCCUACAGGUGGAGACAAAGCUGUAACUUACAAGAAUAGGUUCACUGUUACAGCCUGGAUUGUCUCUGUCUGUCUGUCUGUCUGACCACUGUGUACUCCUCCUUCUCUUCCCAGGACCCCAGGGUCACACUGAGGGCUCCAGGCCAGCCUCCCCUCAGCCUGUUAGGCUCGCGGGGCCAGUGUUGAUUCACGGCUCUGCAGCUGAUAUUGUUCUGGAGAGACCUGUGGAAACUGGGUGAGUGGAAUGAGUUGCCCUUUUCUUGUUGUACCCUCAAGUCAUGUGUACUUCUUAUCUUACCCUUUGAAGUUUCUCUCUUUGCUCUUUGAUUCAUCUUAGAGGGUCUGUGGAGAAAUUUUGGAUCCUCGAAAUUAUUAGCUGGAGUAAAGAAUCACAUUUUCACGUAUAAAACUUCUUAUUAGUGCUUGAAUAAAAUGUCCACCCAAAUUUCAGUUCUUAGAAGUUAUCAUGGCUGUAUCACUGAUAUAAUGUUGUAUGUUUACCACAUUAUGAUAUAACCCCCUAUUAAGGAAACACUCAUACAGUACUUUCCACAUCUAGGUCAUCUUUUAUUCUCUUAAUUAUGAGAAAAAUGUAUUGUAGUAAAUACUUCCUGUAGCUGUUCUAUAAAUCUAAUAACCACUACAGCUUCACCCACAGGAAGACAUUCAUUGUUUUAAUGAGGCCUCCAGACUCAUAAAGAGUGAAGAGUGCAUGUUUUUUUCAAAGAUGUAGAGUGCUACUUUCCACAUGAUGUGUCACUGCCCCAUAAACACUCUCCCACUGGGGGGCCUUACUCAUCCCACAAAAGCCACUUGGUGGCUACCGUACCCAGGGCUGAGUCUAUUCCUGACUCUGGCAGCGACUCCUCAGAGAGCCCCUUCACUGCCCGCGGCUUUGGCUGCAGCUGCUCUCUCCUUCAAUUAAUGAGGAACUUAGAAAGAGGAGGAAAGAGAGCGGAAGGACUACAAGUUGUUGACACAGAAGAGGCAGCAGGAUGCUGCACCUGAUAAAUGCAAGCCGCACCAUUGGCAAAUGAGAGUCCGUCAGACUUAGAGCGCCUCAGGUUCAGUUCCCAGGACUGAAACUUUUCCCUGAGAUCAUCUCUGACUCAUCUAGUGCUCUCCUUUCAUAUCGAGUGAUAGCUCAAUUUCUUUGGCAGACAUAACACACAGGCGCUUGGAAGUAUUUAGUGUCUAAAUUUCUCCUCAAGGUGUUACGUUUUUCCAUGACUUAUUCUUACUUCAAAGGUAUUGAGCCUCGCAGCUUCUUAAUAAGAGCAGAGUCAUGCCGAGUUCUGCCAGCUCAGUUGUUGUGAAACUCCCUGAAUCAUACUGGCAAAUACGUAGAGACAGACCUGCCUGCAGCACUUUUAUCCUUACUCCAAAUAACAGUACCUUGUAGAAAGUACCAGCAGCUCCCAGUUGGACCUUUUUAUGUCUACUUCUUAGACAUGCUGAAUCACAGAAAAUGCUGUCAGGAUAUUUUCACACAAAGAAUUUCUAAAGUAAUUUGACUGUAAAUUAACCUUGACUUAAUACAGAUACAGUAAACAAAGUACCUGUUCAUGGAAAGCUAGUGGGUGGAUUAAGUUUUGAACUAUUCUUUAAUAAACUAUUAUUGAAUAUUCUCAUAAUUCAAACAUAUAUAAAAAAGGGUACAAGUGAAAGCAGUUUGAGUGAAAUUUACUGUAUUAAUUAAAUUGAAAAGAAAGUAUAGUAUCAGGCUUUCUCUCUAACCACCCAGCUGUGUCAAAUACUCAGUUCUGAUUAGUGAGAUUGGUUCUUUGAAUAUCAUGUACUAUUAAAUAAUAUAAUUUUAUUGGCUGAGAAGUUAACAACAGAGAAAAAAAGGACAAGAAGUGGGAAGCUCAGAAAAUAGCAAGGAUGUUAAACCUGACAUCAGCCAAAUUGAAGAAAACAAGCAUGAAGUAACUACAAACCACAACACAAUCUAGGAUUCAGCAGUGUUGAAAGAAAGUCUUGGUGAGAAGAAGAGGACUGUUUUUUCAAGCUGUAUUGAUAGAUUAACCAGUUUACAGUAAACUACUGUGAAAUAUUUGGUGACCAUUUGUGUCGUUGGUUGACACAAAUGGAUCUACAGUUGGCUGGUGGUCAUGUGAGACAGACAGAAUCCUUUCAGCUCCUAUCUUUGAUUCCAUUUCGCUCGAUCACCAGCUAACUAUACUUUGUCCCUUGCUUAAAAGACGUCAUUAAUUGAUGAAAUAUUUCAGUAAUUUAGCUUCAGCCUGCUUUUUACAGGAAGUGAUUGAUAUAUAAUCUCUCCAAAGUUAAUGUAUUGGUGGAUGUUUUUAAUGGAAACAUCUGCAACGUCUUGUCCGCCGUUAGAGUAAUGACCGUCUAUUUCCUUCGGAACAUUGAUCAGCAGACUAAUCGUACGUAUUAAUCUUCAGUUGGGAGCAUGUAGCUUUGCUGCCUGCUGACUCACUCAUCAUCAUGGCGUCAGAGGAUUUCUUUUCCAUUAGUCCCUCUCAGAGUGCCAGCACAACUUUGUUUGUAUUGAUGACUGUUGUGUCUAUGAAAUGUUCCUGCAUAAUAUUUUGUGGCUCCAAGACUGCUUGGCAUGCAGUAAUUGAACUCGUUAUCAUUUUGAAAAAUAAUUACCAUCGAUUUGAAUACAUCGUCCACAUUAGUCACCUCUUCUGCACUCUCAAUGGAGACCAGACCGAUUCAGUCCAACUGCUUGGACAAUUAAGUGCUUUUGUUUGGAUAAACAGCUUUAAUUUCCAUAUUUAAUUCCAAUAUUCAAAGCCAAAUUAAAUACCAAAGUGGCAGUGGGAGUUUUUCUAAACUGGCACAACAAUCUGUUUGUGUCUCAAAAGAAGCAACAAUAAUGCUGCUGCCAGUAAAAUGAACACUUGUUGCAUACUUUGUACCCCACAGCUGUGACUCCUAACAGGUAAAUUUUGUUUUGUUUCACAACAGAGUUUUGCUUAUCAUUAAAAGGCGCAGACAACAGCUACUCUCCCACUCUGUUAAAUCCCUUAAGCAGUAAUAAAGUUAGUCUUAAGGAGUUAUUGGGUGAGAGAUAGGGAGAGAAAUUGUGCUGAUUAGGCGCACCGUUAAACAGAGCCGUCUUCCGGGGCCAAGAAGCUGCUUGGCAAGUUGACCUGAGCUGUAAAAGAGAUGAGUGGGCUGCCUGUGCUUCAGGCUUAACCGACCCAGGUGACACAUUUCAUAACACAACAGAGAAGAUGAAGUGAAGAGAAGCCGUGUUUUACAGAAGCAGCCGUCUGGUGCAUCUGCAGUAAGGAAAACAAAAGAAAAACAUGGCACACAAGACGCCCAUUACAGCCACCUGUACCCAAAACUCAUUUGAAACCGUGUGUGGGUGUGUGAUGAUUUCAGCUGGUAAGUGUUAUGUAGAUGUGUAAGAAUAUUCGGGAUUGAACAGGAUAUGAGCCUCACAGUUUUCCCUGCUGCCGCUGUGAAAAAAUUGAGUUUGAUAGUUAAAUUUUUCAUCUGCAGCCUGAGGAAAUCAGCUGUAAUAGUGACCUAGAAAACAAAAAUUGAUCAUGACAAAACCUGAAAAUGUUUGCAGAAAAUGGCAAAUAGAAAGUCCCCUUUAACUCCUGCUGAAAUCCAAGGAGUGACUGCAAUGCUGCGUUUAAAGCCUGAAGACACAGAUAUGUGAAAUUGUGUCAAACCUGGUUUUAAAUUUUGUGUGGUUCGGUAGCAAAACAUGUGAAGAAGAGCUCAUUAUUUGUGCUACCUCAACCCCAAGUGGUUGUUUAUAACCCAGAUUUUCUCAGCCCAGAGAGGCACAUCAGAAAACAUCAGACAGAAAACAAAGUCAUGCAUGCAGUCAUUACACACACCAAGGAAGAGGAACGGGUCUGAGAUUAAAAAUAAAGAAACAGACACUGCUCAGUGUGCUCAUCUCCAGAUGUUCCUCUGACUCCAUUGUUUGCUCAGACUGGUGAUGGUUAAGGCUCUGCUGUUUCUUUCUUUCUCGAUUUGAGAUGCUGUCGUUAUGUUAGGCUGUGUCCAACAUGUGCAGAGUGUCAGUUCUUGGGAGGCAUUAUGAAGCUCAGGAAUGGUGCUCACCGUAUUGAGAAUACUGACUCUAACACAGAAGUGAAGUUUAAGCCAUGACAAAUUACAAAGACGAGCUUUUAAUGGAUAUAUUAGCAAGUGGUCCUUCCUGUCAGAGAAGGCGCCAUAUCACUAAAAUGCACAUGCAUAUAUGUCAGCUUAUCGAUCACCCUCCUCUUCCUACUACCACCUCUUAAUUCAGCUUCGUUUUCUGUCUUUUGUUGGUUUCAGCUUUAAGUUACUCUUGCUUUCUUAGAAAUCAUUGGAGAUGGAGAUAAAGAGUUUGAAGUUUCCACAGUCUCUGCUGAUAUGGGGUAACAUGUCAUCUGCUGGAGCUGGUCCACUGUGUUUUAUCAAGUCUAAAGUCACCAUCUGUCAGAGGAUUUUAGAGCACUUUCCUCCUCUGUCCAUUGACAAGCUUUUUUAUGGUGCCGAUUUGGAUUUCACAUCUGCCCACAACGCCAAAACUACCGCCAAAUGGUUUGCUGAUUGUGAUACUUCUGUGUUUCAUUGGCCAGACUUGAUCCUCAGAAAGGAUCUGUCGGGUAUUUGUCAAGAGGAGGUGAAAACAACUGAUACAGGCAGCAGUAGCACACUCAUUGAUGCAGUAAUUAAUUGUAAAGUAUUAGUGUGUUGAUGAAUUAUCCUAUGACAAGUCAGACAUCUGUGUUGUUCUUGCACAGCAGGAUCUGACAGAAGAGGGUUUUUGUAAAGCAUUUAUCAGACAGUGGCUGUUGUCUUAACACCAACAUCGAAGCGCUUCCAUUAUCUAUUUCCAAAACAGCAUCCAUUAUUCCUCACCCUAGCUGUCUUAGCGCCUGCAUGAGUGCUAUCAAACGGCCGCUGAGACAAUGAGGUGAGAGAUUUCAUCUUUGGAAACAUCAGCAGAGUGGCAGAUAAGAUUUAUGUAUCCAUGGUGAGAGGCCCAGACACGGACCCCAAUUGUGCGCCCUGUCAGCUGAUUCCAGCCCUCCGCAGCUCCAUCAGCGGGUCAAAGAAAUCAAUGAAAAGAUGAAAGGCCCACUCAGCAAUAUUCUUAGCCUUUCAUGUUUUGUUUUUUAUCUGCUCUUUCACUCCGUCUGCCCCUUUUUUUUUGUUAAUGGAAACAGUUUUCAAACGAUCCAGAGGCUGUGCUGGAAUAUCAAAGAUUUCAGCGUUACUUCAAAAAUGAGAAAACGCCUCAGUCUUGAUAUUUUCCUUUUAAUACUCACCUUCCGUCUGUUUCUUACAAAACUGACUUCACCAGAGUCUCACUGAAUCUUGCUUGAAUCACAGUCUCUGCCCCACAUUUGUCUCUGUCCAGUUCCGCUUCAGCUCAGCCUGCGUCUCUUUUGAUUUACAGCAUAGCCUUGUUCUUUGUCAGGUCCCACCUCUUCCCCGGUGACACAUAGCUGGAGCUUUUAAAUAAGAAGACCUCAGAAUAAGAACUUCAAAGUCACUUGAUGCAGUCUCGCCAGUGCUGUUUCUCUGUUUGGAUGUGUGUAUGUCUAGUAAAGGCCAAGCUGUGCAGUAGGUGGGCGGAUGUGACAGACCAAGGAUGGUUUUUAGAGAUUCACUUGUCUCAUUUGUGCUUCCCAGUCAGUCACAGCCCACAUAGAAACACAGAUGUCAUGGAAGACGUCACAUGAGGUUGCUAGGAUGCACCGGUCGAGAAAGAAGAACUGGAACUGAUUUAAACUGAAAAACAUACACAACUUAGUGAGUGCUAAAGGUUAUUCAGACCCUCAUCACACUGUCUUUUGGUUUGCACAGAUUCAGUCUGACAAUUUCAGCAUUAAAAAGUGAUACCAUCUGCGGUCAGUUUCCACUUAUUCCCACUGGAGUUAACUUUGUCAGGUUUGUGGAAUCAACAGGUUUUCUGGCAAUUUGGAUUCAGUAUCGAAAAGCCUGCUGCUACAACUGGCUAGUUUUUCUAUUGUUGAUCUGAAUAUGUUACUUCAAGUAAAAGACUGUGACUCCCUCUCCCUGUACAUAUUAGAGGCGCUCCCCUCUACUUAUACCAAUAUGCUGUAGACUCACUCGCACAUGCUCUGGCUGACCAUUAAUCCCCCAGUACGGAAGUCAUCUUUUUACUGCCUUUCUGGGUCAGAUGGUAAAGUUUAGCUGGGUUUCUUGAACUUGAGGGCCUGACCACAAAGACUGUUUCUCUGUGCAGCUGUACAGGGUAGCAUCUAGAUGUUUUGACAAGGGUGGCAAGACUUGGGGAACAAUGCUGCGUUCCAGUUGUACUUGGAAGUCGGAAUUUCUGCACUCAGUCAGAAAUUCAUCUGGAACGCCCCCCUGAAGUCGGAUUUCCGAAACGGAAAGUCGGACGAUCCUCACCAACCCAGACUUGACGAUGACAUCAUAAUCCAAGAUGGCAGCGCAGUACAUCAACAGUAAAGAGUAACAGUGAAAGCUCUCACAACGUAUUAUUUAUUAUCAUUUCUGUUUUGUUUUUGUCGAAUUAAGUGGUUUAUGUUGUACUGCCCAACGUCUAACUGUGAACACGGUGCUAUGGUGUUUGUAAGAGUAAAAUACAGUGUUAUGCGUUGUUUAAAACUGGUAUAGCUGAAAACAACUAACAAUAGCCGACAACCGUUAACAACCGACAACGGCUAACGACAUCUGAUAAUUGUAAACAACAGCUAACAAUGGCUAACAGGAGGCGUCCAUCUUGGUUUUCCGACUUGUUUACUGAAACGCUGUCAACUCGGUCAUCACAUCAUUCCCAGCUCUGAAAUCUGACUUUCAAGGUAACUGGAACGCAGCAUAAAUAUAGAUUAAUGAAUAUAGAUGGGGCUCUGCAUUUUACUUUGGAGCACACUGUACUGAACUGUUUCAUUUUGGAGUCAGUUUUUCAAAAACAUAUGAUGCUCACAUAAUUAUUUGAGGAGUAUCAGAAUAUUUAGAAAUGAAUUAUCCGGGUAUUUAUGUCAUUUAUCAAAAUCUAAUUGUGACCCUAUGAAUUGAACUUAAAUUAAAUUCAAUUGUGAGGUUCUUGUCGAUACUCAUCCAUUUUCUUUUACUUGAUUCUUUUAGGGGAACAUUUCAAAAGCAUCUGUGGACAGGCUGCCUCUCUGUUUUUGAAAAUGGCACAGAGACGUGGGUGCCUCUCUGAACCCAGCGGAGUGACUCUGUAGGCCGCUGUUUUUGUCGCAUUUGCCGUGUUUUCUCUCAGGUGGCCAUCAGACAGCAAAUCGACCCAUUUUGGACUGGAAGCAGAGCUAACUGUGCUGGCACUUUGAUAUUGAUGGCCACCCCACAGCUUGCAUCUGUCGCAGUCAAAACACAAACCAGUUCAGCUGGGGCCGGGAAGUACAAUAGAGAGGCACUUUGCUCUGGGAGCUGCUGCAACACUAAAUAUAGCUCCGAGAGUGCCGUUGCAGGAGCCAGGCUGAUUUGUCCGAGCAGAGAGGAUUAUAAAGCCAGACCACGGCAAUGCCCAGCUGAGCCCCAGCUCACUCUGACACCUCUCCUAAAUUCAUCAUCCUCGGCUGCUAUCAAGCACAGCAAGUGUUUCUGGUCAAUCACAGCGCUGCACUCCAUCCCGGCUCCCCUUGUCAAUAAACUCCUCUCCACAGCUGCAGCACUCAGAGGCCCUUUACCCACUUCAUACAGUGUGAACAGAGAAGGUAAUGAAAAGGUGUCGUGGAACAUAAGCCUCCUCUUGUGUUUCUUCACACACAGCGUCCUCUCGGAGAGCAGCCUGAUGGAGGAGGCAUCCCAAGAUGAGCAGCAGCCCACACUCGGCAACGCGUUCCUCCCAGGCCCGGCGAAGCGAGGCGGAGGUACUGUUAUCUCUGUGCCAGGCGACAUGCUGGGAAACAUCCGGAGAUACAGGGAAGACUACGAGGCCUAUCUCCGUGUUGUGGCACACGAGGAUGUCGGCAGCUUCAAUCCCUGGGCCAUCGCAGACAGGUAACAGGCAAACAGUGAAAGAUUUUCAAGGUCUGGUUGACAGAAUCUGAAGUGAGACUGUGCGAACAUAAAAGCAGCAGGCUGUCUGUGUCUUAGAGGGUGCAUAGAAAAGUCUCUACCACAAAAAUCCUGUUGUGCACUAAGAUUCUCUUCUCAAAGCCACACAGAAACUAGAUUUCAACUUCCUGAUCUCUGUUUCAUCUUUGGUCGUGUCUGACAAACCUAAAGCUUAACAUCUGAAAUACUUGCAGCGAAAGGAUCACACGGAGGUUACGGUUUGGAUGAUGUAUUUCUGGUGUUUCGCCGUUCUUGUUCUCACCCGCUCUCAAAUUUACAUACCUAACAGAAUCCUUAAGUUGCUGCAUUGCAGAAGAUUUCCUCGCUCUCUGAAUAUCCCACUUCUUGUUUGAAGUGUAGGUUUCACACUUCAAGAGUUUCGUUUCCUCUCUCUGCGUCACAGAUGUAUGUGUGAUUGCAAACAGCUCAAUAAAUUUAGAUGUAGAGAAAGAGAAAAGAAUCAGUCGCCAAGUCCCAUCCGUGGGGACUAAAUACUUGACACCAGCUCAUUAUCAGCCCCACGUCAGCGAAGAAGUUUCCAGAAGCUGGAUCUGUACUUUUUUUCCAGUUUGGGGUGGAAUAAGUGUGAGGAAAAGCCAGCCAAUUAUCUCGGAGUUUUGUAAAGCGAGAACUCGUAGGUAUAAGCACGCACACUCCCAGCUACUCCAAAACAGAGUAAAAACCGGUCUGUGUGAUGAGAUGACAAUGAGCAGCCCGCUGUUGCUGUGGAGCCACACCAUCAUGGAUGACUCACUCUGCUAGGAGACUGAUUACAGAGUUGCAGAACUUUAUAAAAAAAACAACAGACAAAAAAAAAAUUGCGCACACUGAUCUGCUUUAAGCUCUUUCUGAAGUCAUUGAAUCAAUUUUUCACACUGUCAGCGGUGGACAGAUGAAUAUGGAAAUUCACAGCUAAACAGAGGGAUAAUUAUUCAGUGGUUGGAGGAACUUAUGCUUCUUAUUCAUAUAUUAAUAUCAAGCGUGUGCCGCACAAUUACUCAGCCAUGCUUUGAGAGAUAAUUUCAUUUUUACGCUGGGAUUUCAUUAUGUUUGCAACGUUAAUCACACAGAAUAUGCAGCAUCAUCCGGUAGCACUAGCAUAGCUUUUAGCACAUUAGUGUUAUUAAAAUAUCCUAAUGGCUGUUCCCCAUCCCUAAUAGUAGCCUCCUCUCUCUGGAUCAGCCUGUAUCGAGAGCUGAGAGCAAAGUGUUCUCAAAUGGACAAAGAAAAAAGAACAGGCAAUUCAACAACUCAUUGUUUUGUUGCACCGACAGCCCCAUGAUUUGAGGGUCUCUAUAAAAGAGAUCCAAAAGAGGACGCCACUUUUCACCGAUCCCCCGUGUCCCUGCCUCUUUGUCUGUCUCUGUCUGUGUGCGUGUUGACCUAGAUAAUGAUCAAAACACUGAAAUUUAGCUCGGUGCUGCUCCCAGCCAGCCCGUCUUUUUGAGUUAUUUUCAUUCAUGUUAUGGCUUUCAAAGCAGAGCGUGUGGUUCACAGUUUUUCAUGUCAAGCUCAGUGAGUCUAACACACUGGGGAGUAAAAAUCUGCUUUAAUCAAAACCUCUGAAAAGGCUGAUAAUUUACAUUGUUUGAUUACUAAGUGAGUCGCAUGGAUAAUGCUUCGUGUAUGUGCUUUUUGACCUUUUCAGAUAGAUUUGUUUUCAUGGUCUUGACACUUUUGGCAUGAAAGAACCAAAGAAUGCAUUACAAUCAAUCUUUAUUUAAUAGCGCCAAAAAAGCUGGUCUAGAACACACGCUAUUUACAAAGACUCUUUUGUGAAGAUGGGGAUCAGACCCAUUCCCAUCCCAUCUUCAACCACAUGGGUGUAGCACUCUGCAGCCUUUAGUGAGUUACAGUGGUGAGGAAAAACUUUCUUUGACGGGCAGGAACCUUAAGCAGAAUCAGGCUCAUGCUAGACAGUCGUCUGCUGAGACUUCAUUGAGUUUAGAGAGGGGAUAGAGGGAGAUGCAGAAAGAGGGAGAUGGACAGAGGAGAGACUUAUAGAUGAAGAUGUAGCAGCUGGAGGUCUAUGGCACCGUCGUCUGCAUAGGGACUCCCAGAAAAGACUGUAUUAGUGGUUUUAACUAGGGCCCGACCGAUAUAUCGGCAAGCCGAUUAAAUCGGCCAAUUCUAGCCCGUUUGAGACUAAUCAGUAAUCGGCCAAAACUCGACGAUUUUCGCCAAUAUUUUCAGAAAUAAAAUCCGGAGAAUAAGAUUCGGUUUUAGUAGUUGAAAGCGCUUUUCUGGUUCAAGUUUGAUCAGUCGGUCUUCCUGUCGGCAUGAAGAGCGGUAGCCUACAGUAUGUCUACAGUAAAUAGUAUACUCUAGAUAUCUACUCUAGAUAUCUAGAGUAUAUAUGUAUUUUUUACAACUUCAUAAAAAAAUUUUAAAAAUCGGCCAAUUAAUCGGUAACCCCCCCCCCAUGAUAAUUGGUAUUGGCAUCGGCCCCAUCAAAUCCAUAUGGUCUCGCCCUAGUUUUAACAGGACAUGAUGAUGUAAAGGUAAAGAUUCAGACAGAAAGAGAAUGGAGAUCAUCCUGCUUUCACUCCUGCAGAGGCGGAUAAUAACAAUGAAACCAAGUUAGAACCAGUAAGAAACAACUCAACUCCAAUACUUGAAUAAUUCAAGGUGAAAGAGAAAGGAAACAAAGUCAACAGUCAAGAAAAAGGCAUAUAGUUGUUGUGAGUUUUAAGACUAGACUCAAGAGAGGAUGAUAAACUUGUUUGUCUGACUUCCUCCGGCAUGAAGUCCCACAGCUGUGGAGCCUGAACUGCAAAUGCUCAGUCACCUCUUACUACCAGUCAGAUUUAGAAAGUAUGUGUAGCGUCCUGUUGGAAGACCUCAGGCAGCGGUUAGGCUGUGUGGGGAGUUAGUUGUAUACAGACACGGGCUGGAGAGUGAAUUUUAAGUCUAUAAAAACAAGCAGUGAAAUCUUAAAAUCAAUUCUAAAACUCCGAGGGGGUCAGUGAAGGGCAGCUAGGACUGGUGUUAUGUGAUUGCUUCUGUUUGCUGUGCAUUAAAAGCUUGGCAGGAGUGUUUUGAAUUAACUGCAGCCUUUAGAUGUUGUACUUCCUGAUAGAGUCUUAAACUUGACUGUUUUCUGUCCCUCAGUUUGGCGGACGAGCUGCUGUCGGAGGCUGUGGCCGACGUGGCUGCAGAGUUCCAGGAUAUGGUGGAGGAGUACACUGAGGCCGUCUUCACCUCGGAGUUUCUCCAACCGAUCCAGUCACCUCCUGCUACAGCUGCAGCUCUGGUCAGCCAAUAACACAGCAGCUGGGCUACUUUUUAUAGACUUCUUAAGGAGAAUCAGGCAUGGAUUUUGAUUCCUCGCUUUUUUCAAAGAUGAAAUAACACUUAUUAUGUUUUUAAAGACCUGUAUAUUGAGAAGCAGUCAUGGAUUGAAGUUUUGAUGUAAAAAUGUGUGUCUUUAUUGAAUUAGGAUUUUACAAUUCUUUUAAUAAAGCAGCAGGAGACAAGAUAGCUGAAUUGCACGGGGAGCCUGGACUCUUUGUAGUCCAUCUGUGUCUGUGAUUCAAUUCCACAGGGAAAGUUAGUUGAGUUAAGAUAAGCUUGGAGAGACAUAACGACAGUACAGAGGAUUAUAAGAUUAUCGCCCUCCCGUUGCACUUGAUUUAAAUCGCCCUGAGGAUUACUCGCUCAUUCUAUUUUUCACGUUGGAAUAUGGGAAUAAAUUAAUUGCAUACGGUCUCCGACAAAAUGAUGUACGAAGCCAAGAGCAUCCUGUGUUUAAUCUAUUGUGACGGGAUUUCCUCUCUCGCUUUAAUGUCUAAUAAAAGGGUCAAAACGCGGCGGGAAGGCUUGAUAUCCGUCAAUGUUUAAUGUAUGUGGAGGCGGUGAGGGUGAACUUACUGUGAAAUGGUUUAGGAACACUUUGCAAAGAGCGUUUGGUGCUUUUCUUUACUUCUUUCGACUUCAUGCCAACUGAUUUAUAAACUAUUGCUUCUGAUAGACGAAUCCUGCAUCAUCAUGGUGUCAAGCAUUGACUGUAAAUGCAAAAUAAACAUGACAGACUUGGCAGACCAAGAAAGUGUUAAGUCCCCUGAGUGUAACAUGAAAGCUGAGUGGACAGAGCCGAAGGGACACAUCCAGAUGUUGGGCUGGCCUGUAGGGAUCAGCCAGUGACAGCAGACACACACAGUGACUGAAUGAAUUAGCUCACACUAAAUCAGCUGCCCCGAUUUCCUCUCAGGCUGGAUUUCUGCGUGGGCGUCUGUAUAUGUGCAGCCUUUCAGCGUUUCACAGGCUAUCCAGCUCUGUGUAAAUGUCUUCUUUUCUGUGAAGGACAGAUAGAAAUCAGCUGGCUCAAAGCAAGAGGGGCUGAAGUGGGGUGUGUGUUGUCAUCUUAACAAGAGCACAAAGGAUUGAGGCUUUUCUGGCAUUAGUAGACAUGAAACUGUUAAUUUUAGGGGCUAAUUUCUAAUUAUUUUUCAUUGUUAUGGUUCAGAUGUUUUUAACAGUGUCUGCCAAAUGUGUCAUUUCAAAGACAAAGCCUGCUAUAUUUUCCUUUAUGCCUCCUCAGCGGGCACCACUUAGCGUUGACUGUGAAACUGUGCUGUCAGCAAACCACAGAGCGGCGAAAUCACUUCUCAGCUGUUGUAUUUUUUUCAUGCAAAUCCAACAGUGGAGAUGCCAAUAUAUGAGUUAUAUGGAGAUUUUUUGCUCACUCUUCUAUUAUUUGAUCCAAGCAUUAACAUUCACAGCUUGCUGUUAGUUUACAAAGAUGAGAAUCAGUGGCGUUUUGCACAUUAUUAUAACUUCUAAUAGUCAGAGAAGUUCGACCUUGCCAGCAGCCAGCGCUGACUCAUUAUCAGGGCUAAUUUCAGAGCUAGAGAGGACACAGACUGCGAUUUAUUCAUGGUGCAUUGGAGACGCAAUUUUCUGUACAGUACAGGUGCAUCAGGGCUGCUGUUUGACAUCUGUGUUGCUUUUUUCAGCUCAUUCCAACAACUUCAACCAGAUGGAUGUGAUUUGUUUUGGCUUACUUCACAUCCUGAUGUUGAUAGAUGUUCUCACGUGCAAAUUUCAGCAUUAUUUGUAUUAAACAGAGUAUUUUUCA